AUGCAGCUCUCGAUGCAGAAGUCGGUGGCUCGCCCUGCUACUCGCAGCGUGCAGCGCGCCAGCCCCGUGCUGCGCACCCGCGCUGUGGUGUGCCGCGCCGCGGGUAGCCCCUACCCCGAGUGGCUGAAGAAGGACCCCCUCGUCAUCGGCGCGUCCUUCCUGGGCUGGACCAUCCCCUCGGCCUCGCCCGCCCCCGCGUUCGGCGGCGACUCGCUGUUCGGCCUGUUCACCGCGUCGAUCAGCGAGAACCUGGCCCACUUCCCCACCGGCCCGGCGCUGACCGACAAGUUCUGGCUCUACCUGAUCACCUGGCACCUGGGCCUGUUCCUGGCCCUCACCCUGGGCCAGAUCGGCGUGCAGGGCCGCAAGCAGGGCUACUUCUAA